AUGCCUCUUCACGUCCUCAUCAUCGGCGCCGGAACAGGCGGCCUCGCCCUCGCUCAGGCUCUGAAAAAGUCCAAGGCCGACGUGACGUUUGCAGUCUACGAGCGCGACCGCACCCGCACCGACGGGCUCUUCGGCUACCGCGUAGGCAUCUCUCCCGAGGGCUCGCGGUGCCUCGCCGAGUGCCUGCCCCCGGAUCUGUUCGAGGUGUUUAAGCGCACGACCGCCAUCCCGCCAGACUCGUUCAACAUCAUCACCGAGCACUGCCAGGAGCUCCUGAGCAUAGACGGGUUCAGCAAGGAGUCCGAGGACGGCGUCGCGGGGGAGCGCUCCGUCAGUCGCAUGACGUUGCGACAAGUGCUCCUCACGGGCCUGGAGGGCUCGGUUCAUUUCGACAAGCACUUUACGCGCUACACGGCCAACGGCGACGGAACCGUGUCCGCGUCGUUCAAGGACGGGACCAGCGCGACGGGCGACCUCCUCGUCGGCGCGGACGGCACAGGCUCCCCCGUGCGCCGACAGUACCUCCCGCGCGCGCUGCUGAGGGAGUCGGGGCUGUACGGCGUGACGGCAAAGGUCGAGCUCACCGAGGAGACGAGGGCGCUUCUGCCGCCGAAGGCGCUCCGGGGCGUCACCAUGGUCAACGCCCCGCACGGCGACAGCUGCAUCAUCCACGUCAUGGAGUUUCCGUGGGACCGCGACGGCAGGUUGAAGGAGGGCAUCGGGGGCAACGACGAGGCGCUCCUGCGAGGCUGGCCGGGCUUGACGUUUGACAACUCGCGCGACUACAUACUGCUCGGGUUCGCGUCGCACGGGAGCAGGAUGCCGGACGGCUUCAUGUCCAUGGACGGGCCGAGCCUGCACGACUUGCUGCUGAGCCGCACGGCCGCCUGGCACCCGCACCUGCGCCGGCUGUUUAGCCUGUCUGACGCAUCCACGUCGUUCCCCCUCAACAUCCGCACGAGCGAGCGGAUGGCGCCCUGGGAGAGCACGAACGUGACGCUCAUUGGCGAUGCGAUCCACACCAUGACCCCGGGGCUCGGCGUCGGCGCGAACACUGCGCUCCUCGAUGCCAAGAUUCUGGCGGAGAAGCUCAUCGGCGUGCAAGGAGACAAGACCGGGGUCGUCCAGGCGGUGGCAAGCUAUGAGCGCGACAUGCAUGCCUACGCGUGGACCCGGGUGGACAAGUCGUUGGAGCGGUUCAACGCCGACGACGCCGUGUACAAGCCGGGGCUGACGGGCACGCUUGCAACCAUGUUUCUGCGAGCGGGGAUGAGGCUUGUGAACUCACUGCCGCCCCUGAAGCGGAGAUUUGCGGCCGAAAUCACCAAAGAGCGAGGCGAUCCCUCAUAGCCACUAUCAAAGAGAAGCCAUGGCGAUGGGGGGUAGAUGGGAUCAGGGUGUCUGGAGCACGCGCUGGGGAGAUGGGUACUUGAUUGGGAACCUUUGCACCAGGUCGAUUUGGCAGACUGAAGCACUGAUAGGCGGAACAGGACUGGCACGAUGGUAUCAGUGAGCACAGUCAGAUACAUUCACGCAGCUACUAGCAUGGCUACUUGCCACCAGUCCAGCCCUGUCGCCAUCCAUCAAGCCAGGCCUGCCGAAGGGACAUCCGCGGGCCCGGCGCAGGCGCAUCAUGCAAGCGCGCAGCCUUGAUUUCCUGGGGCGUAAAGUGCCGCCGCCACAGGCCCGAGAGUACGUAGCAUUGCGCAAGCCGCGCCGUCCUGACUCCAUGUCAGCAUCGACCUCGCGGCCUGGGUGCACGGAGGGGAGCUCACAGCGCGAGGCACGACACGACG